AGUUUUCUUGUUAAAUUCUAUUUUUAGGAUGUGACCGCACUUUGGACAGAGCUGUUCUACACCGUGACUCCGAAUCUAUCAUCUUAGCAUUCAUUAGUGCAGCCUGGAGGAGAGAAAGGAGUACUACAUCUCCGUGGCCCAGCCUCCUCACAGCGCUGGUCGCCAUCCAUCCCCUCCUCCUGGACCACAACAGAUGGUGGCAACAACAUUGCAUCCAGCGCGGAGCACAACAACAGACCGCAGCAUCCUGUCCGUACAAGGCGGGCCUCUCCUCCGCAAUGUUCCAGGGCAGCACAGUGUGAGCCUGUGACUUGACGCACCCACGGCCACCGGGGAGGGAAGCUUCUCUUCUCGCCUGUCUCCAUCGAGCGGGGAAGAUGGCCGCUAUGAAAAUGUUAACCAGCGGAGGUCUCUUCCUGGCGUUCUGUGCGCUGGGGCUGCUCGCCAUGGCGAUCUGCACCGACAACUGGUACGAGACGGACGCCAGGAGACACCGAGAGAGGUGUAAAAACUACGCCAACAAACGAAACGACCCGGGAUACAUAUACAUCUCCAACCACAACCUCCCCCUCCAGAUGCCUCCUAAGAAGAACGCGGAGGCUGGGCCUCUCUUCAGGGCGAAGCGGCACUUUGUGGCCGCAGCCUCCGCGAUGGAGUCUCACUGCAGUCGGCAGUUUAACUCCACCGUGUCCGGCCUUUGGAGGAAGUGUCAUCGGGAGGGAUUCGACCUUGAGACGGAGGACCUUAUUUACAAAGGGAUUAUUCAAAGAUGCAUCCCAGUAAAGUACCACUACACUUCCUCCAUCCUUCCACGAAACUUACCUGUUAACAUCACAAAGACCAUACGACAGGAUGAGUGGCAUGCGCUUCAUCUAAGAAGAAUGACGGCUGGCUUCGUGGGUAUGGCCGUAUCCAUCAUUCUUUUUGGCUGGAUCAUUGGAGUGCUGGGGUGCUGCCAGCAGCAUGACCUCAUGCAAUAUGUAGCUGGGCUACUCUUUCUAAUGGGAGGAACAUGCUGCAUCAUCUCUUUAUGCACAUGUGUGGCCGGAAUCAACUUUGAGCUAUCCCGCUACCCUCGCUACAUGUACGGCCUCCCCGAGGACAUCAGCCAUGGCUAUGGCUGGUCCAUGUUUUGUGCCUGGGGUGGCCUCGGCCUUACGUUGCUGGCCGGCUUCCUCUGCACCUUGGCCCCCUCCUUGAGCACGCCGGCUCGCACGACAAUCCACAAGCCCAGACAAGAGAAUGGAACCGUGUGACAGGACCCUGCGACUAACACACAGAGCGCACAAAUAACACAAACUACACUUUUCAAAACCUUGAUGUGUUUAACUCGGAAACUUUUUUUUGGUCUUAUCUCCGCCUCACCCCACCCUCGACAUUCAUUGCCGGCCCUCUCAGUGUUCAUUGUGCCUGAGUCGUGAUAGCACACAGUUUGGAGCAAAGAACCAAGAGACUUCACACACACGUUUUUGGACCUGCGAGGGCACCGACCGUACGUCUAACAGGCCAAUGGCUUCCAAUAGCACAAAUGUUUGGUGUUUUCGUCUUUGACUUGCUGACUGAAAGUGACUGUUUUACAAUGGUGCUCUCCUAAAUCCAUUUGCUAAAGGCACACGCUCAUGACUCAUGAGAGAAAUUCUACAAACAGAGCAAAUGAGGCAGAAACAUGGUGUCAGCCUUGCUCCUUUCAGUAGAGUGAUGUGGUUUUUUGCAGUGGGGGAAAAAAAUAACAUUAUGGCAAUGAGUGACCAUUGUUUACUGUCGGUGUAGCACAUUCAUUGAUACUUACAGUAAGAUCGGCGCUGGCAACAGUCGAUAUUUGCGUUCUCUGCUGGGUGAAUCCAGCGCUGUAGGCAGCACAGUAAAAUACACAAAUUUGCACCUGAAAGCAAAUGAUUGGAUUAUCUCCUGAAGUGUUGUAAAUGUACAAACGUGUGUACGUGUAGAUCAUGCUUCAUUUGACUUUGAAUAAGGCUGUUUGUAUCCGUUUGCGUUGGGGCAUCGGUGCCUGACAGUGCGGAGGAGGUGCAGUCUCAGCAGGAUCGUCUUCAAGUUUUGUGCUUGGAGGAUGAAUCCACUGUAGGAUUUAGCAACAUGAUGGACAUUUCAAGUGUUUUUGUUUUGUUUUUUGGGUAAAGAAAGCUGAUGUGUGACUUGCAGCUCUUCACUACAAAAAGUGGAACUCUAAGGUAGAUUCUACAUAUAAGUUGAGGUCAAAAGUGCUUCUUAUUUCGCCAAAAACACCAGUCAGUUUAAUCUUAGACCAUACAUAAUAUAUAUACUAAAAUAUGAGGCAUAUUACUCCCAAUUUUUUGUAUUUUAUUUUAAGUAGUACAGUGGAUCCCGGCAUACAGUAGUCCCUCGCCACCGCACGCUUCGAAUGUUGCGGCUUCACUCUAUCACGGGUUUUCGAAAAUGUUGUUUCAUGGUUGAAUGCGGUCAACAAAUAUGUUUAUUUUAAAACAUUUGACCUUUUGUGCCCAAAUGAAGCGUUUUCAAGCAUAAACAUGGCUAAAUGAAGUAAAAUACAAAUAUAAGGCAUUCAGAAGAUGCGUACAAAGAUGUGAUGAUAUGUAGUACUCUACACUGGACACUAGGUCUUAGUAAUAUUGCAUUAAAAUGUAAGUAAAAAUAGUAAAAACGGAACAAGGAACUCUCCUAAUGCUAACGUGUGGGUCCAUAUUACAUCUUAUAUACAUCUUUUGCGUGUUAUUUUCUGUUAUGUCUCCUAUAUUGUUUACAAAAUUGGGUAAUUAGGUAGUAUAGGGGUGUUAUUUCAUGUCUAGACGGCUCUAAUAAUGUUAAAAGCGGAUUUAGAAGGCCGUAAACAGGUUUUCUAUGCUCUACGAAAAUAUUAGAUUUUUAAGGAAUCCUACUUUGCUGAAAUUCACUUAUCACGAUCAGGUCUGGAACCAAUUUAACACCAUAAAUGAGGGAUUACUGCAGCGCUUCUCAAAUAGUGAGGCGUGCACCCCUGGGGCGUAGCAGUGAACUGUCAUUGGGGGCGUGAGAGGCAGGGAGGACUUUCAAUAUUAGUGCGGACCUGCCAACCUGUAUGAGUUUGUCAUACUCAGCAUGCAAUUUCACUCUUCAAUACGCGUGUGCGCUUCACGGCAUCUUGCUGGUUUCAGUUUCGAGUCAGUCUCUACAGCACCGAUAGAUAAUUAGAGAUGAUCAGUUUCUCAAUAGUAUUUCAGCCUAUUAUUACAGCCUAUUAUUAGUGAAAAUAUGUGUGUUUCAGCAAAUUUUACUUUUUUUUUGCUUAAAUGAAGCAUUUUCAAGCAUAAAAAUGGCUAAAUGAAGUAACAUGCAAAAAUAUAAGGCAUUCAGAGGACACGUUCCAAGACGUGAUGAUAUGCAGUGUUCUGCGCUGGACCCUAGGUGUCAGUAAUGUUACAUUAAAAUGGAAGUAAAAAUGGAACAACAACAAGGAAUUCUCCCUAUGUUAACGUGCGAGUCUAUAUUAUGUCUUACUUGUGUCUUAUGUGUGUUAUUUUCUGUUAUUAUGUCUACUAUAUUGGGUAAUUGGGUAGUAUAGGGGUGUUAUUUCAUGUCUAGAGGGCACUAAUAAUGUUAAUUUAGAAGGUUGUAAACAGGUUUUAUAUGCUCUAACUACAAAAAUGCUGAAUUUGUAAAUAAGGAAUCCUACCUAGCCGAAAUUCACUUAUCACGGUCGGGACUGGAACCAAUUAACCCCCAUAAACGAGGGAUUACUGUAUUGCAGCGGAUCCCGCAUAUAAAAAAAAUAUAUAUAUUUUUAUUUUCUGAGUGUUGGCCAUUUUUUUUUCUCCACAGAAAGCACAUCUCAUUUGCAAUAAAGUGUACAGCAGACAUGUACCGCUGCAUCACUGAUAAUGUUUUUUUUGUCAAGCGUUGACAUUUCGCACUUUGUUCUUGAACGCACCAUAGUUUUUGUUGUUGUUUUUGGUGAAUUUAUGUAUGUAAAUUAAGCAAUAACUUAGGGUGAUGAUCACUGAAUGAAAUUAAAUAAUAUUUAACGUAAUUGCUCUGACAUAUAAGUAUGCCGGGUAACAAAAAAGCUCCUUUUUAGAUAUAAAAUCUUGCUUAUAUUUCCACUUUUUGUCAUGUUGCCAGUGCCAUUUUUUUUUUUUUUGCUGACAGCUUAAUAGUAACAUGACAAGAGACAAACGACUGCAGAUGUGUUGUUUACAUCGAUGACUGGACUUUCUGAGGCAAAGAAAAAAAAAACAUUGUGAAAAGAGUGUUAUCAAGGCCGAGGUGUGGCUCAGACAGAGCCAAAAAAACCUUUUUUUUUUCACACUAUGAGCGUGCAUUGUCGCAUGGGUAGUGAGUCAUCAGAUGCAACUAUCGGCUGGAUGUUGCAGCGUUUCAUACGUAAGUGAUUCAGUUGUUGGGAAAAUGUCACUCUAACGUGAGGAAAAACAUACAAGUGUUUGCUCUUUUCAUCCAAAUAUGAAAAGCUAUUGAUUUCUGAAUAUGCGAGUUGCAUAUUUGAUUUUUUUUUGUACAAGACUGUUUUUAAAAAUACAGUGGAUUCCCGCAUAUUCGCCAUUCAGGAUUCAUUUCUUAACGCUUAACUCUUCCCCACCACUGUAAGUCUGUCAUAAUGAAUAACGAUGUUCAUGACACCACAGGUCAAAUGUACAGUAGUAUUAGAAAGCACACGGUUUUUACAUGUUUAUGUCUUUAGGCGUCAGUGACCAUGUUUUUCCCGUCAAGCGAUGAGAUUUCCCACUUUGUUCGGCGGUCCUCGAAUGCACCACAGUUGUGUGCCGAGCCGGAAAAGUGAAACUUGUACAUAGCUUUCUGAGACUUAAAAAACAACAACAACCAAUCAACCAAAUAGAAGACAAACUGCCGCAUUAUUGAUGAGUAUCUAUACAUUUUAUACUUUAAAUGCGUACUUGUGUCGUACUUUUCUACUUUCAAGGUUCUCAAAGCACUUUGACACUGUUACCACGUUUACCUACUCAACUAGGGGUUCAGAAUCUUGCCCGAGGACGCUUCGACAUGGAGGAUCGAACCAGCAGCGUUCAGGUUAAACCUGAUUUCUGUCGCAAGUGAUUGAUCGGAAGUCAAAAAUAGUCGGAAUUACAAUUACUGGCAGGAACACGAAUAGCGGGGAUCUACUGUAUACCGCACAGUGUACUGUAUGUCAGAAGGGAUACUACCAGGAUUGCAUAGCACCAAGCAGGGUAUGUACUUGAACCACGAAGACACAAAUGAGCUGAUUUUGUGCUGGCCAGACGUGAUUUUUAUUUUUUUACCUGGCCACCACGACAGUUCACCGUUUCAGUUUUGUCCAAGUUAUGAUAGCACAUUGUGGUCCCGUGUGAUGAAGUUGUUUCAAAUUGCCGGAGAUGAGCCAUCAUGACGUGGUGUUAUCAGCUGUGUCAGUUAUUUAUUUUUUACUUUUUUAGAAAAAAAACAAAACAACUGUUAUGUUGUGCGUUGACAACGCUGUGUGCGUUGUUCAGUCCUUUUCACGUUAAACCUGAAGUGAAGCAUGACUGGCAAGUGUAGCAGCGUUGGAUGCUAGCACAUUGCAGGAGGAGUUGGACAAGGUCACAUUUGUCAGCAUGGAACACACACUUUCUUGUGUCUUUUGCAAAGAGUUGGGGUUCAUGCCACAUUGUGUGUUUAGGAAGAGUCUGUCCAAGCUUUUAUUGUGAAAAUAUGCCAGUAACAAGCAGGGAGGUGAAUGUAAGAACUGGGUGACACUCUCCAACCCACGGAACAUGUUUUGCUUUUACGAAGUUCACCACCCAAACUCAUGCAGCAACACAAGUAUUACUGUAAGGAGUGGUGAGUGUGGACGUGUAGACAUAACAAGCAAUACUGCACACAUGUGAUGUUUUUGUGUACUUUGGUGCAGUGGCUGACAGGAGAGUGCGGGGGCAAAAACGCAGAAAUGAUCCAAAGCGAAAAACACGCACAACACCCUCAAUUCUGCAGUCACAUAAAUGUUGCAAAAUCCCAAACAAAUGCAGUUCACGGAACAAAGUGAAAGUUAGCCAGGCUACCAUGGGCGCCAGACCUGAGGGAUAUCCAGUUAUUGGUUCCGCAAAGUAGGACUCCUUAUUUAUUAAUGGAAUAUUUUUGUAGUUACAGCAUAAAAAUACUAUUUACAACCUUCUAAAUACAUUUUUUUUUAACAUAUUAGAGCCUUCUAGAUAUCAAAUAACACCCCUAUAGUCACCUUUACACUGCUAUUACCCAAUAUAAUAGGCAUAAUAACACAAAAUAAGCCAUUUAACACAAAUAAGAUUCAUACUCGUGUGUAUUGCUGUAAAUAUGUUAUCAGACUUGCGUUCCAGCUUGACGUUCGUUACGGCCGCGCAGCCCGCGUUAAGCCUAGGUCACAACCGCAUGUACGAUUUUUUGGGCCAUGCGAUUUGUGGCGUUCCCCAAAUUGCUGCGUUUUUCUUUGGGGUUUUUUCGUCAUUGAGAACAUAGUUGUGGUGACCAUGAAGGAGUAAGAUCACCACGCACCCAACGUGCAACCUGUAAGUCCGACGUGCGUACCGCGAACAAAAUCUGAAGCUGCUCAGACGUACGGCUGUCGCUACUUACAGUGAUAUACUGGGGGAUCUUUUCCUUAAUGACGCUUAUCAAAAGAGUUCGCCAGCAGGUAGAUCGCUUUUAUUCACCAGCCGAGGCCUCUUGCAGCACAUGCACAGAUGCACCACAGGCGUACACGUCAUAUUCGGCCACGUAAAUAACAACAUACAUUGCAACAGGAAUGAAAGUAUUAUAUAAAUAUAUAUCGAUAGAGACGUAGCAAACAGAGGAAAAAACACAACCAUUCAUUGAUAAAUACAAAUACAGACGCAAUAAACCUUGAAAACAAAGCCGUAGGGACGAAGACGUGCAAAGUGCGUGAGUUUGAACCUCUGCGGCCGGCCUGUGGCCAGUCUACGGCCCGAAAAUCAGCCUGUCACAGGCGCGCCUCUUUCUCGCGUUUUUUUGCACGUAGACCCGCCGUAGGAGCCCGUGCGACCGGUUGUGACCUCGGCUUUUAGGGAUUAUUGUGCCUGUUGUGAGAUCAUUCAAACCUGCAAUAAAAGCCUGCUGUUCCGGCGAUCUAGUCUGAUCAUAGUAACAGUGUAGAAUGCUACAUAUCAUCAUAACGUCUUUGAAUGCGUCUUCUGAAUGCCUUAUAUUUGUGUUUUAGUUCAUAUAGCCAUUUUUAUGGGUUUUGCAUCACCUUUACUUGAAUAUGCAUAUUUUUGGACAAAUAAAAGGCCGUGCUCAUGCAUUUUUGGAAAAACUGCAGUAGAGUGAAGCUGCAAAAUUCAAAGCGAGUAUGUGAUUGUAGCAUUUUUCCUUGUGUUUGUUUUUGGUGUUGGAUCAUUUUCGUGUUUCUGCGUGUUUGCCGGCGUCGGCCAGCGUACUUUUGAGGUAACAAUCUGACCUUUUCAUAGCCGAUGUGCCGCAAGUCCACAUUAGCGGGACAUUAUUAAGCACAAAUGCAAAAAUGCAUUUCAAGUAACACAACAACACAACUUCUGGUUUCGUAAAACUUUAUUAUCAAUACAUUUCAUUACCAAAACAGGCACUCAGCUGCAAGCUUAAAAAAUGCUGUAGAGAAAGGAUUUGUGUCUAAAAAUGUGCUAUACAGUAUAUAUACAGUAUAUCUCCUCGAAAAAGUUCAACUUCCUGUGUUUUGAUGAGAAAUGUGUUGUGAGAAAAGGCCACCGUGAAGUGGCGCUCGUUUCAGUAGCACAGCUAUGAUUUUCUACAUUUCUACCAGUUCAAUCCACUGCAUGUGUUUUGUGUGGGGAUUGAAAACACAUGGCGACAUGACAUGCAUGUUCUCAUUGCCUUUUAUUUCAGUAUUCAAAGCUGUCAAAUUUUCAGAUUAUUUUAACAAAAAUAAAAAACGUGAGUGGCUGAUGAA